CUUUUUUUCCAGUAGCAGCAGAGCCAAGCAAUGAUCAAGAGAAAAUAAUAGGUUAGGGUUGUUUUGGGUUUUAAUUUUGAUUGCUUGAUAAUGGAAACUCUGAUAGGGCUAUGCAAGAAUGGAAUUUUGAAAGUGUUCACCCCUAGAGUUGUGCCUAUUAGAUCUUUACAAAAGAGAAAAUCGGUGAGGUACAUGCUAGGGGUACCUCCAUAUAAAGGAAAGUCUUUGGAAAAAAAAUUAGAAGAGGCUAACUACCAGGAUCCAAAAAUAUAUUAUAAAGUAGACAUUGGAUUUCCACAAACAAUCCAAAACCGGACUGAGGGUUUACAGCAACGAAUAGCUCAUUCCAAAAAACUUAAAGGGAAUCUUGAACUAGAGAAGAAAGCCAGAGAAAAUAAACUUUUGGUGUGCCUUGAUGACGUGUCCAGAGAAUGGUCCAAAGAAAAUGCACCAGAACAUAUCAAGUCUGCAGCAGAAUAUUAUGGAGUGUUUCAAGAUCUCUUUGGUGAUGCUUUCUUUUAUCCUCAAGUUGGUCUUCAUGUGGCAUUCAAGUUCGAGCAAUCUUUUGUGCCUGUUUAUAGAGGAAAUCUGAUUAAACCAAAUCAAGCUUUGACUGCUCCAGACAUUAACUACAAUUCUGAUCCAGACUCCUUGUGGACAUUGGUAGCCACAAACCCGGAUGGUCAUCUAGAGAAAAAUAAUGUUGAAUUUUUACACUGGUUUCUAGGUAAUAUCCCUGGCAGAGACAUCAGUAAGGGUGAAGUCAUUGCUAACUACAUCCAACCAUUCCCAGCCCGGGGAACAGGCUUCCAACGUUUGAUUUUCAUCUUGUACAAACAAACUGAGAAAAUCAACUAUUCUUCUCUUACACUACCAUCUAAUAAGGUUGAUAUGAAGAAUCGGACAUUUAAAACGUACGAUUUCUACCGAAAUCACCAAGAUCAAUUGACACCAACAGGGCUUGCAUUCUGUCAGGUAGACUGGGAUCUGUCUGUGUCGCACUUCUUCCACACAGUUAUGGACAUGGAUGAACCAGUGUACGAGUACGACUUUAAUCCCCCUUAUCAUCCCAAGCAGAAAAUGUUCCCUAUAAGGCAGCCCUUCAAUCUGUACAUGGAUCGCUAUCGAGAUGCAAAACAAAUCGCCAAAGAAUACUUGUUGAAGAAGCUGAAAAACAGCCACCCAUUCAAAGAUCCAAAACCUUCCCUUAAAUAUCCCAAUGCUGUGCCAGUUUACCAUGACCUAAAUGAAAGGCUUCAUGGAGGGAUACCAUCUUGGCUGAAAAGAGAAAAGAUCAAAGAAAGGCUUGGACAUGGAAGAAUUAAUGAUUAUUAAUUAAUAAUUUUAGAUGGUGUGUUUGAGUUUUGUUAUAAAUAAAGUACCUGAAAGCUCAAAA